CCAAUAAAGUCUCCUUCACGGGGUCCGACAGUCCUGGUGGGGUCGGGGGUCCAGACAGAGGAGGUGGUAUCCGCCUGUCAGGAGGGGAUCUCCCACUCUUGCUCCCUUCUUCUGCACCCAGCUCAGCAUGCACCAGCCCCUGAGCACCUCCACAGCUCUCCCAGCUCCACUACCAUGUGUAGAUGGACAGUGACACAAGGUGCACCGGUCGCCUGGUUCUCCUCCCGCGCCUGCUGCACACAUCGUUCACACCUCAUUUCCCUCACCAUUUUACUCGUUCUUUUAUUGCUGGGACCUUCAUCCUCAUCACCCUUGUCUGCGCCGUCGCCCGACUCCCACAAUGCACACAGAGGGAUCCCUCCUCACCUCUCAAACCCUCCACUCUCCACCUCACCGGCUCCGGUGCUUGCAUCUUCAGCGAGGUUGCCACGGGCUGUCAACAUGUCUGCCACGAUUGUGGGCCGUCACGUGCGGAGCAGCUACAACCAUCUACAAGGAGACGUGCGGCGGCGGAAGCUCUUCUCCUUCCAGAAAUUCUUCCUUCGCAUUGACAAGAAGGGGAAAGUUAACGGCACCAAGAGCGAGGACGACCCAUACAGCGUCCUGGAGAUCAAGUCAGUGGACGUGGGAGUUGUGGCCAUCAGGGGCCUUAGCAGUAACCAUUACCUGGCUAUCAGCAAGAAGGGGGAGCUGUACGGAGCGAGGGACUUCGGCCCAGACUGUCGUCUAAUUGAACGCAUCGAGGAGAACAAGUACAACACAUAUGCUUCAGCGGAGUGGCGCAACAAGAAGAAGCACAUGUUUGUGGGACUCAAUGCCAAUGGCAAGCCGAUGAGGGGGAGGAAGACCAGGAGGAAACACGCGUCUACUCACUUCCUGCCCAUUGGGGUUCAACCAAGAUGAUUUAACAGAUCGACCGUGAAGAGCUCUGCUGACCGCAGGGUCACGGACACUUGAGAACAGCGGCGGACCAGUUGGACAGAUUCAAAUUGGAUCUUAGCGAUGCACUGAUGUGGGGGGGAGACAUUUUUGGGACUGUUAAAGACAAGUCUAUUUUUUAAGAAAUAAAUAAGAUAUAUUGUUAUUCAAUGUAUAUAUUAUUUACUGUUUUAAAUUAUGAAAGAACAUCGGCACAGUAGGAAAUAUGAAUGACUUGUGCCAAACAUUGGUUCGAAGCUUCUCACAUUCACGAGAAGAGUAUGUUUAAGUGAAGAGCAUCAGGAAAGAGGAAACGAAACAGAGCAAGCCUUACUAGC